AUGAGUCUCGACGAGAAACAAUUGCAGUUGAGAAAACAUCUCGACAAACUUGGAUUCCAUCAACCUCUUCCCAUUGGAGCGAUUGGAUUAGUUUCUGCUUUAGUCGAUGAUUUAAUACAAACAACAGAAUCCUUGCGCGAAGCAAAGCAAGAAAUUGCGCAUCUGAAACAGGAAAAAGCUGCAUGGGAUCUCGGAGCUGAGCCCUACAAAUGUGACAAUGCCCGUUUAUUGUCUGAAGUUAACAAUUUGCACAUCGAAAUGUUAAAGCAAAGAGACGAAUAUGAGUUGGAAAUGGCAGAGCAGCGAGUACGAAAUCGAACUUUAACACAUAACAACAAAAUUCUAAAAGAGCGAAAUGAUGAAUUAAAUUCUCAAAUCAAGGAAUGGGAAAUCCGAUUUCAAGAACAACAUGAUGCAAAGAAACAACCUGCGCAUAAAAAGCCUUUUGUAUCAACUGUGAGAUCAGGAAUUCGUCAACCAGGUAAUCUAGAUGUGCGAAGCGGAGUGUAUGGAAGUAACAAAGAAUCGUUGCCGUGUUCGUGUCGAGGAGUCAAACGCAGUGAAAUCCUAUCUCAAAUUGAAAAGUUACAAGUCGAAGCAAAAAAUCACGAAGAUCGAUUAAAUGCUUAUACGAAACAAAUUGAAGCACGGGACAGAGAAAUUCAGAGACUUAAUGCUCUAUUCACGGGAGGUCGUCCUGCUGAUGCAUUAGCGAAGGAUUGUUGUUACAAAAAUGUUCAAGCCUUGACCGAAGACGUUCAAUAUUUGCAAGAACAAAAGAUGAUGUUGGAACAAAAAUUGGCAAUGAAACAUGGAACACAUAGUGAAAUAAUUAAAAACACGGAUAAAAUUAUUGAGGAAAACAAGACACUUCGACAACAUUUAAAAGAUCUUGAGAAAGUUGCCUUAAGUGUUGAAUCAAGAGCAAAUGAAAUGGUUAUCGAAAAAGACAAAGAAAUUCAAAAGCUGAAAGAGACAAUUGACAAAACUCAUAGUAAAUUACUUAAUAUGGAAAAUGGUUUAUCCGGAAAUGAAAUUUAUUCUGUGCCUAAUUCAGUAUCUCAAUCUGUUUUUGGCGAUAAUCGAAACGAAAAUCUACAAGAUUUACAAAAACAAUUGAAUGAAAAGACAAUAGAUGCAGAAGUUUUGAAACGAGAAAACGAACGUUUACGAGAAAAAUACAGCAAAGUCAAGCAAAAAUUGAAGGAAGAAGGAGAAACGCCUGCAAAAUUAUAUCAUGAUUUGGAAAAGGCUCGAGAAGACAGAGAUUAUUAUCAAAAAGAAUACUCCCGAAUGAUGAUCGAAAACAAAGGAGCUACAGACCAAAGAGAUAAAAUCGUAAAUCUAACACAUGAAGUUAAUGAACGUAACAUGCUGAUAUCAGAGUUGAAGAAACAAGUUGUCGAAUUACAAUCUCAAGUACGCCCAAGAUCAAAAGAUUCCGACAUACAAAAUUUAACUUUUCAAUCUACAAUUCAUCGACUUGAACGAGAACGAGAUGUUGCCAUCGCAAGUAAAAACCAACUUAUAAUUGAACAAGAACAGCUAAAAGAACAACUUCGUCUUCUAAUGGAGUCACAAUCUGUCGAAAGGCAAAAUCAUGAAAAGCAUAUCGCGAAUUUGAAUCAACAAAUUGCGCAUUUACAAACUUCUGAAAGAGAACUUAUCGCUCAUCAAAGACCUAAUUCAGCAACAAUUGGAGCUCUUAAAGAAGAUAAUCAAAAAUUAAUGCAAGAAUUAAAGUUGCGGGACACGGAAGUAACUCAACUCAAAGUUGCCAAUAGUCAAUUGAAGCUUUUGUUGGAACAAACAGAACGUGCGUUAUCUGAACAAAAGAGCAGAUUGCAUCAUAAUGAGCAUCAACAAGAACACGUACAACAAAAUAUCAUCACAUUAGAAGCAGAAAAACUUAAAUUAAGUCAAGACGUUGCUCAACUCAGAGCUGAAAUUGCAACAUUAAAGACAGACAAUCACGUUUUGGAAAAAGAUAAGGAACGAUUGUCGAUAGAACUUGAUUUAAAAACUGACAAAAUUUAUCAUUUGGAAACGAAUUUGGAAAAUAUGAAGAAAGCACGAACCGAUUUGCAAGACAAUCUCGAUAGAUUACAACGCAGAAUGAGCACAAUUAAUUCAGAAACGAUUGAGAAGGAAACAACUCUUCGAACAGUUCACAGUGAAACAGCUCAACUACGAAAUCAAGUCUCUCUCUUGAAAAGAACUUGCGACAAUGCUUUGAACGAAAAUUCGAGACUCACAAAUGAACUUGCUGAUGCUCAAGUUGCCAUUAGUUCAGCAAAAAAAGCUCAAGCCAAAGCUGAAGAAGACACACAAACGCUUAAAGAGCAAAUUAAGCAAUAUGUAACGGAAGUCGAACGUGUCAACAAUAUCCUUGCUGAAAAGGAACAAGCUUUAAUAAACAUGAUCGAUAAUUACAAAUCAAUUACUCAGGAUACCAAAUUACUCGAAGAAGCAAAACAAAGUUUAACAUACGAAAAUAACGAAGCUCGAGAGUUACUUAAACAAGCAAGACUUAAAAUCGCAGAUUUAGAAGAAGAAAUCGACUUAAGAGGCGCCCAAAUACGAGACUUUGAAAGACAAGUUAAUACCCUUUCGACUCAAAUCAUGGAAUUAGAACGCGAAGUUGAAAGUUUACAAAAACAAAUUUCCAUCAAAGACUCUGAGCUUCAAGGAGCUUACAAGACAAUUGAACAACUGAAACAAGAAAAGAAUGAAAUGAAUUCCAAACUCGGAGCAAUUCCAAAAUCAAGACCUCCAAUUCCUGAACCUCAAACCACAAACCUCGGAGGUUUUGGAACAUUUACGAGAACAAGAUCAACGAAAGACAUUGCCGUGGGCGAUAUGAAUCAUUUACGCGAAAAAGUCGAUAAACUUGAGAUAAAGUUAGAGGGCGAUCAAGAUCUUGCUGACAAAGCAAAUCUUCUUGCUCAAGAGUACAAAAGUCAAGUUCGAGAAUUACGACAAAUGAUAACCGAAGAACGAGGAUCUGCUCCGAAAACAACCGACAAUGAGAAUGUCAACCCUUAUCCAACGUUAUAG